AUGUCCACAGGAACACCACUUUUCCAUUAUUCCACGGUGCAUGAGCCUAGUCCUAUACUGAAAUUAGCUUUGCAUAAUGCGUUAUUCGACUCGUACUCCUACAGUCAGAUCGUGAAUGCCGUGGAAACCGCAUACAACGGGACACCAGUUGUGACAUCCCCGUUUGUCCCUUUCAUUAAGUACCUUCUAAACUUGGAUAUAUUGGCCGCAAGAUCAUUUUGGGCAAAUGAGUUUGCCGAUUUGGCAGCAAUUCCGUUUCCAGCCAAUGUUCCCCUAGGCCAUAUUCCCCGGAAAGUCGAGCGGUAUGUCCAUAGCUUUUGUCUUCACAGAUGCAACGAGCAUGAAAUAACUCUCUCGACUACAUGCCGCCUCGCAUGGGCCCUCGUAGUGGCCCGCUAUACAAGAUCAUUGGAUGUCAUUUUUGGGGUAACCGUAACGGGUCGCAACAGCUCCGAAAUAGCUGGCAUUGUCGGGCCUACGAUCACCACGUUUCCCCUACGCAUCUCUAUCCAAAGUGGCGAGAAAGUUCAUACUCAAUUGAUUCGUCUACAAAAGCAUGCACUAGACAUGAUGCCUUACGAGCAUUUUGGGAUUCACAAAAUGCGACAAUGCGGUUCUGAAGCCGUCAGUGCUAGCCAGUUCCAAAGCUUGCUCAUUGUCCAGCCAACAAGGACGCAUCUGCCCAAAGCACGUUCUCAUAGCCUACUGGAACUUACGGAAAAAGACACAUUGGAACAACGGAUUGACGCUAGUUUGGCGACCCAAGUUCUUACGAUUAUAUGCGAAUACGCAGAGGACACUAUGAAAUUACGGGGUGUUUUCGAUCCUGAAGUAGUCCCUCCCGACAAAGUCAAAGGAUACCUGCAUCAGAUGAGCAGAUUUGUGAACAUGAUCCUUAGUUCGUCAUCAGAUACUGUGGGGGGUUUACUGCAGAAGGCCACCGAAUACAUCGACCCUGGGGACCUGAAUGAGGAACGCCAAAUACUUGAUGAAAUAGAACGAACGGCUCAAACGCUUCUGGGGCAAAACAUUCCGCUGAGGGCAGAAUGGGCUAUUCCUAUCGAUACAAACACACCAAAACUAGCCUUAUUUGUCGGGUUUGAUGGCGGCUCAGGUGUUAACCCUUCGUGUGUCUUCAAGCUCCCGGACAAUGAUACUAGGGCCCGCUUGCAUCAGGCUAUGGCACAGCUUCAAAGCACUCUCUCGGAUGCAGUGAUGCCCUCUAUAUGCCUUCCAGUACAUGUAUCACAUGAGUCAAUUGGCUUCUCCAGCAGAGCUGAUUUGCAGAAGGAAGCAUCAAAGCUGCCGUUGGAAACUUUGGAAUCAUACAUGUCUCCUCAGGGACCCAGUAUCGUCAUGGAAAAAUUCAUCUCCAACAUACAAGGUUACGUCGCAUAA